CAAUUGACUCCCAGUCUCCUCCUCCAUCUCUUUCUCUCUCUACGACAGCGCCCGAUCCAGCGCACCGAGCACAACUCCUCCUCCAUUUAAUAGUCCAUAAAUUCUAACACCCUUUGUCUUCCCUUUCAUAUCUAUCGAGAAAAGAAAUAAAGUCGGGUCCUGAACUGCGGGUACCGUGUCCGUGUACACAAACUGCAAACACAGCAGUAGAGCAAUAGAUUAGAUCGCCCUUUUUCUCCUCCCGCACGCCCAGCUGCAGACUCGGAAUCCAUACCUUUCCUUUCUCUCUUUUUCUGCCACCACUUCUCCUUCCCCCCCCAAUCUAUCAAUCCAUCAAUUAUAUUGUUACUGCCAUUAAUCUUCUCCUCCUCAACCAAUAAUAAUACGCAGCAAAUAUUGGUACGAUAGAUAGAUAUAGAGGACGGUAUAGAGAGCGGAGGAAGAAGAAGGAAUUUAUAGGGAGGGAAAGCUUGGGGUAGAGAUAGGGGUAGGGAUGGGGUGCUGGUGGUCGUGUCUGCGGGCGGAGACGCACCUGGAGAAGCAGAACCACCAGAACCACCAGCAGCAGCGGCAGCAGCAGAACCAGAGGCCGUCGUUCUCGCUGCACCAGGCGGCGCCGGGGGGGGCGGCGGGGGCGGCGGAGGCCGGCGGAGGUGGCGGGGGGGAGGUGCCGGCGUUCUCGGAGUUCUCGCUGGUGGAGCUCAAGGCGGCGACCAACGGGUUCGGCUCCGGGAACAUCGUGUCGGAGAGCGGGGAGAAGGCGCCCAACCUCGUCUACAAGGGCCGCCUCCAGAACCGCCGAUGGAUCGCUGUCAAGAAGUUCACCAAGACCGCCUGGCCCGAUCCUAAGCAGUUCGCCGAGGAGGCAUGGGGAGUGGGGAAGCUGAGGCACAGGAGGCUGGCGAACUUGAUCGGGUACUGCUGCGACGGCGAUGAGAGGCUUCUUGUCGCCGAGUAUAUGCCCAAUGACACACUUGCAAAGCAUCUGUUCCACUGGGAAGAUCAAACUAUUGAAUGGGCUAUGCGUUUGAGGGUUGCAUUUUAUAUUGCUGAAGCUUUGGAAUAUUGUAGCAAUGAAGGACGGCCUUUAUAUCAUGACCUAAAUGCAUAUAGAGUCCUUUUUGAUGAGGAUGGUGAUCCAAGGCUUUCCUGUUUUGGUCUUAUGAAAAAUAGCAGGGAUGGAAAAAGUUAUAGCACAAACCUAGCUUACACACCACCAGAAUAUUUAAGAAAUGGGAGGGUCACUCCUGAAAGUGUGAUAUUUAGUUUCGGUACUGUCCUCUUGGAUCUUCUUAGUGGAAAGCACAUCCCUCCAACUCAUGCUCUUGAUAUGAUAAGAGGCAAAAACAUUCUGCUCUUAAUGGAUUCACAUUUGGAGGGGAACUUCUCAAUAGAAGAGGCAACAACGCUAGUGGAUCUUGCUUCUGAGUGCUUGCAAUAUGAACCAAGGGAUCGCCCUAACAUGAAAAAGCUAGUUGCAACACUUGCACCAUUGCAAACCAAAUCAGAGGUACCGUCUUAUGUGUUGCUAGGGAUUCGAAAGCAUGAACCACAGCGCCAUCUCUCUCCUAUGGGUGAAGCCUGUUCCAGGAUGGACCUCACUGCCAUCCAUCAAAUUCUAGUUAUGGCACACUACAGAGAUGAUGAAGGAACCAACGAGCUGUCUUUCCAGGAGUGGACACAGCAAAUGAGGGAUAUGCUGGACGCCAGAAAGCGAGGAGAUUUUGCGUUUCGAGAUAAGGAUUUUAAGACGGCCAUUGAUUGUUAUUCUCAGUUCAUCGAUGUUGGAACAAUGGUCUCGCCCACAGUAUAUGCAAGGCGCAGCCUGUGCCAUCUUAUGUGUGAUCAACCUGAUGCUGCCCUUAGGGAUGCAAUGCAAGCACAAUGUAUCUAUCCUGAAUGGUCAACAGCUUUCUAUAUGCAAGCAGUUGCCCUAGCCAAGCUAAAGAUGCACAAUGAUGCCAUGGACAUGCUGAAUGAAGCAGCAGAGCUAGAAGAGAAGGGGCAAAAGGGUGGAAAAGGUCCAUGAAACAGUACAGUGAAUUAUAACAGCCAUCUUUUCCUCAUGUCUCUGUUGACAAAGAAUGUUAAUUUGCAGUGUGAAAUCUGUGAUUGGUAGGCCUCUCGGAAAAAUGUAUUAUAGAGAAAGCCCUUGGAUUACAUUAAUGCAUUUGGUUUGCCAUUUGUUUGGUAUAUUUUUUGGGUCCUUGUAUAUGAACAGACAAUCAAAUCACUCAGGACUCACUAAGGGAAUGUGAACAGAUAAUCAAAUCAGUCAGUUCCUAAGGGAAUUUUGUUUGUUUGGUCAUGCAGCUCCUGAGCAGGCUCAUGAAUUCCCAUCUACAGUCUAUUCAGUGAGAAGCUGUAGAAACUUA